CCCCUCAUGGCCUCAGCAGGAACAGAGCAAUACAGUAUUGGCCUCCGCCGGGGAAACAGCUUCAAGCAGCGUGGUCCCUCAGGCACGAUCCAUGCCUCGCCAGUUGAGAAACCCUCUGAGGGCAGAGCCUGGUCUCGAGCUCAUCAGCAGGUGAAGCCAAUCUGGAGGUUGGAGAAGAAGCACAUGGGGACAUUGUCAACAGGAUUGGGCCCAGGCCUCUUGGGUGUCUCACCACAGUCAGCAUAUUUUGUUUGCCCCAACACUUUUUGUAACUCUGGGACCACGGCUGUCAUUCCAGGCCACAACUCCUGUUACCUGCACUCCCUCCCAGACUUGUUCAGCAGUACCCUGCUGUACCGCCGCUCAAACCACAGGCACAAGCCCUAUCAGCAGCUGGAGUCUUUCUGCUUACAUUCAAACCUAUCAGAAAAAAGACCGUUUUCUCUCCCUCAAAAGAGCCUCCCUGUCAUUCUGACUGCCAAUAGGGCCACUUCUUCUACAGUCUCUUUCAUGGCUCAGCCCAUGGCCGCCUCAUCCACUGAUCCAUACCUGUCAUCAGUGGGAGCCGCUGGAGAAAACUCUUCAGGGAAGAACCUGGCCUCUGCCAUCUCAGGGAAGAUCCCAUCGCCACUCUCCUCCUCCUAUAAGCCCAUGCUGAAUAACAACUCUUUCAUGCGGCCAAAUAGCACUAAAGUGCCUUUAUCACAGGCCCCAGAGGGUCUGAAGUCAGUAUCUACACCCAAAAUUCAGACUGUCUCUUGGCUUCAUUCAGGGGGUACGGGAGACUGUGCAUCCCAACCCAUUGAACAUAAGGUUCCCAGAAGCAAUGGCACUGUUCUAAAUGACACCACUGUCCAUACCACCAUGUCUACCCCUAGCUCUUUAGACACGUUAGUCACCAGUGUUGCCUCUCCCCAGUAUAACAGGAGUAACUCAGCCAUGUGGGUAGAGCCGUACCUCUCUGGCCUGGAUGACAACUCUGAUUCCCAGGCUAAAAAUAAGGAGGUUCGGUUCACUGAAGCUGUGAGGAAGUUGACUGCAAGAAACUUUGAGAAGAUUCCAAAGCCAGGCUGCCAGUUUGAACAAUCUUGUUUUGUGAACCCAAGCCUCCAGUGGAACCUCCUCAACAAGGGCAGGCAGUGGAAGCCCCCCGUGGUAGGCCAGCAGUUUCCUCAGGAGGAUGCUGGAACAGACUAUAGCAUUCCCUCUGGUGCCCAAGACACCUUGGCAUUGGACAAUACAGUCUUCUGUACCAAACAUAUCAGCAUUCACCUCCUUGCCUCAUCUGCCAAUGGGCUCAGUAGUAGCCCUGCCUGUGGAUCUGCAAUUGACCCUCCAUCACUUGAAGUAGAUAAAACUCUGGUUCCCUCUUCCUCUCAAAUUCCUGGCGUAGCUGAUGUGGCCACCCAUCUCUCCUCCAUCCAUCUGGACCAGCCUAUGAGGGAGCCUAAGGAAAGCAGGAAGCUGGACUUACCUGCUAGGGAUCUUGGUUCAGAUGCUGACUUCCGGCCAGACCAGGUUGAAGCUGAAGAUGCAGAAGAAGAUCUCCUAGAUGGUUUGGAAGACUGCUGCAGCCAUGAUGAGAACGAAGAUGAGGAUAGAGACUCGGAGUGCUCCUCGUUCAGCGCUGUCUCUGCUAGUGAGUCGGUAGCAGUGAUUUCUCGGAGCUGUGCAGAGGUUCUGUCCAAACCCCUUUCCAGUAAUGAGAAAGUUGUCCGACCAGCCCUAACCUACAGCCUCUUCCCCAAUGUGCCUCCUACCAUCUAUUUUGGCACUCGAGAUGAGCGUGUGGAAAAACUUCCCUGGGAGCAGAGGAAGUUGCUCCGGUGGAAGAUGAGUACAGUGACCCCCAACAUUGUCAAGCAAACCAUUGGACGAUCCCACUUCAAAACCAGCAAGAGAAAUGAUGACUGGCUGGGCUGCUGGGGUCACCACAUGAAGUCUGCUAGUUUCCGAUCCAUUCGGGAGCAUCAGAAGCUGAAUCACUUCCCAGGCUCCUUCCAGAUUGGGCGGAAAGACCGACUAUGGCGGAACCUGUCCCGCAUGCAGACCCGCUUUGGCAAGAAGGAGUUCAGUUUCUUUCCCCAGUCUUUUAUCCUGCCCCAAGAUGCCAAGCUCCUGAGAAAAGCCUGGGAGAACAGCAGCCGCCAGAAGUGGAUUGUGAAGCCACCAGCAUCAGCACGAGGCAUUGGCAUCCAGGUCAUUCACAAAUGGAGUCAGCUCCCCAAGAGAAGGCCCCUCCUGGUACAGAGGUAUCUACACAAACCCUACCUCAUCAGCGGCAGCAACAAGUUUGAUCUGCGGAUCUAUGUUUACGUCACUUCCUAUGAUCCUCUACGAAUUUACCUCUUUUCAGAUGGUCUCGUCCGCUUUGCCAGUUGCAAGUAUUCUCCUUCCAUGAAGAGCCUUGGCAACAAGUUCAUGCACUUGACCAACUACAGUGUCAAUAAAAAGAAUGUUGAGUACCAAGCCAAUGCAGAUGAAACGGCCUGCCAAGGCCACAAAUGGGCACUGAAGGCUUUAUGGAACUACCUGAGUGAGAAGGGAAUCAAUAGUGAUAUCAUCUGGGAGAAGAUAAAAGAUGUUGUUGUCAAAACUAUAAUUUCGUCAGAGCCCUAUGUAACCAGCCUGCUGAAGAUGUAUGUGCGGCGGCCCUACAGCUGCCACGAGCUCUUUGGUUUCGAUGUCAUGCUCGACGAGAACCUCAAGCCCUGGGUCCUGGAAGUCAACAUUUCCCCUAGCCUCCACUCGAACUCUCCAUUGGACAUCAGCAUCAAAGGCCAGAUGAUCCGGGACCUUCUGAACCUGGCAGGUUUUGUUCUGCCCUCUGCAGAGGAUACACUUUCCAGUUCUGGCAGUUCCAGCAGCUCUGCCACCAGCCUGACCAGCAGCCCCAAGGACAGAUACCGAAUGGCUCCAGAGCACUUCACUGCACAGAAUAUGAAGAAAGCCUAUUAUCUGACCCAGAAAAUACCUGAUCAGGACUUCUAUGCAUCUGUGCUAGAUGUCCUGACACCAGAUGAUGUUCGGGUUCUGGUAGAGAUGGAGGAUGAAUUUUCUCGCUGAGGUCAGUUUGAACGAAUUUUUCCUUCUCGGAUUUCCACUCGCUAUCUCCGCUUUUUUGAGCAGCCACGGUAUUUCAACAUUCUCACCACACAGUGGGAGCAAAAGUACCAUAACAACAAGCUCAAAGGAGUAGACCUCCUUCGGAGUUGGUGCUACAAAGGGUUCCACACAGGAGUGGUCUCUGAUUCUGCGCCAGUGUGGUCUCUCCCAGCAUCUUUUCUGACUGCCCCAAAGGAUGAUAUGACACUGAAUGCCUUCUGCAAAUCUGAAAUUGGCAAUCUGGAAAAACACAGCUCCUCAGAAAGAAGUCUACCACUCUCUGAAGACAGAGCCAUCCCCAAGCCCAGGAAGAUUCCAGUUGGCCUUUCUCGGUUUCCCAGGAAAUCUACUUCCUCAAAGGACAGUGAGGACACCAGCAAAGAGCCCAGCCUCUCUACGCAGAUGUUACCUCUGAUGAAGUACUCUGGGCAGACUUCAAGACUUUCUAUUUCCUCCAUGUCCCAGUCAUCCAGUGACUCCCUCCUUGCUGCUGUGAGCCCAUGA